GAGUGCUGAAGCUGCUUUGCAUUUUUCCUUCCUUUUCUAUUAUGAUUGGUCGUGUAUGGUGACGUUUUAGCUGCCGAAGAUGGUGCCGUCCGGUUUUUGGUUCGCGCUGAUCAUUUCAGCGGUGGUGGUAGUGGUGGUGGUGGUCGACAAGACGGUGGCAUAUUCCGGUUCUGGUCCGCACAUCGCCGAUGUGAACAUUCUGUUGCCUCCUAAAAUGACGAAUCCUGUGGAGUAUCGUCUUCAGGGAAGUGAUGGCUGCUUCAAAUGGUCUUGGGAUCACCAUGAUAUUCUAUCUGUAAUUCCCGAGUACAAUUCAAGCAACCACUGCUCAGUGAGUGCGCGGCUGAGAUCAAUUGCUCCUUACAGUGGUCGACAGGAGACUUCAAUUUAUGCUACUGAUGUGAAGACAGGAAUUGUGAUUCGGUGCAAAGUUUUCAUUGACAAUUUUUCCAGAAUCCAGAUAUUUCACAGUUCCAUCAAGCUUGAUUUAGAUGGACUCGCUACACUUCGUGUUCGUGCCUUCGAUAGUCAAGAAAAUGUUUUUUCAUCACUGGUGGGUUUACAAUUCUUGUGGCAGCUGAUGCCCGAAUCUGAUGGAUUGCCUCAUCACCUUGUUCAUGUCCCUCUGAAGGAUUCUCCAUUGAGUGACUGCGGUGGAUUGUGCGGUGACUUAGAUAUUCAGAUUAAACUUGAAGAUAGUGGUGUAUUUUCGGAUCUGUUUGUUGUAAGAGGGACUGAAAUUGGCCAUGAGAGGGUUUCAGUCCAUCUGCUUGAGCCGCAGUUCAAGAACAUGAAUGAUAAAAUUGUUCUAACUGUGGCAGAAGCCAUGUCUCUUGAUCCACCAUCACCUGUUUUUGUCCUCAUUGGUGCUGCCCUUCAAUAUAAUCUACAGGUUAUCCGUGGAAAUGUUCCGCAAGUGGUAACUCUACCAUCCCCACACCAUCAAUGGUCUGUUUCAAACAUUUCAGUUGCUCAAGUAGACACUAUCAUGGGUCUAACUCAAGCACUGAGCUUAGGAGUAACAACUGUCAUUGUUCAUGAUACCAGGGUCGCUGGCCACAUUCAAGUGUCUACACUUCAUGUGGUCAUACCGGAUAUCAUAUAUCUGUACUUGUUACCAUUAUCUAUGUCCAGUGAUCCUAUGGAAGGAAUGGAAGCCAUUCGAUCAGGGGCAUGUUGGUAUGUUAUUUCUGACAGUCAAUAUCUCAUUGAAAUGAAGGUUUUCUCAAAGGGUCCUGAUGCAGAAGAAAUCUACCUUACAGAGACAGAUGGUGUUAAGUUGUAUGAUAACCAGUCUGAAUAUUGGAAAACUUCCAUAGCUUCAAAGCAUCUUGCAUCUAAACAUGGGUGGCAGAAUUCUAGAAUCUUGAAAGCAACUUCACGUGGUAUAGGGAAAUUUGCUGCUUCUUUAACUUAUUAUAGUGGGCAUCUUGAUAAAAAAGAGGUUCUCAAGAUUGUGCAAGAAAUUAUGGUUUGUGAUAAAGUGAAGUUUAUUUUGGAUGAAACAAGUGACACAUCUCAAACCAUUUUCCUUCCCUGGGCCCCCACUGUUCAUCAGGAGAUGGAGCUCAAGGCUACUGGAGGUUGUGCAAAAUCAUCCAGUGACUACAAAUGGUUUUCUUCAGACACAAAUAUUGUUUCUGUGUCUGCUUAUGGAGUUGUCCAGGCUAAGAAGCCCGGUAAAUCUACUGUGAAGGUGGUUUCACUCUUUGAUUCACUCAAUUAUGAUGAGGUGGAGGUUGAAGUUUCCAUUCCAUCGUCUAUGGCUAUGCUGCCUUACUUCCCUGUUGAGACUGCUGUUGGGUCUUAUCUUCAAGCUGCUGUUACAAUGAAAGCGCCUAAUGGUGCCUAUUUUUCUAAAUGUGAUGCUUUUCAUUCCCUCAUAAAAUGGAAAGCUGGAAGUGAGUUUUUUAUUGUUGCCAACACAUCAAGAGAUACUGCCAUCUUUAGUGAGCCAGAAAAUGUUGAAAAUGAUGCACGGCGUUAUGGUCCUCCAUGUUCUUGGACUGAUGUAUAUGCUUCUGGUUCUGGUCAAGCUAUGCUGCAUGCAACAUUUUCAAAAGAAUAUCACCAUUUUGAUGAUUAUUUUAGUGGACCAAUUGUUUUAAAAGCAACUGCACGUAUUGCAGCAUAUCCACCUCUUGUUCUCCAUCAGGCAGGUGAUGGGAACAAGUUUGGUGGUUACUGGUUUGAUUUAACCCAAGAAGAAGCUAAUAGCUGGCUGGGAAGUUUGGAGAAGUUAUUUCUUGUCCCUGGAACUCAUUUGGAUGUUAUGCUUCGUGGAGGACCUGAAAGGUGGGGCAAAGGUAUUGACUUUGUUGACACUGUGGAGACUUUGGGUGAAGAACUUGCUUAUGAUGAAGGGGUUAAUGUUCAUCAGAUUUCUAAUGGCCAUGGGAAUUUGUACAGAAUUUUAUGCCAAGGACUAGGCUCUUAUAAAGUUGCUUUCAAACGUGGGAAUUUGGUUGGAGAUGAUCAUCCUCUUCCUGUUGUGGCUGAAAUUUCAUUGUCUCUUGCUUGCAGUCUUCCUUCCUGGAUCAUACUAUUAGUUGACAAACCUGUUAAUGAACAUGAUGUUAUACGGACUUCAAUUCAAGCUGACCGUAGUCAAGGGCGAAUUCAUAUCACCCCAAUUACUGUGGCAAAUGGGCAAACUAUACGAAUAGCUGCUGUUGGUGUAAGUAGCUCUGGGGAGGCUUUUGCAAACUCAUCUUCUCUGGCAUUGACAUGGGAACUGGGUGGUUGUGAGGAGCUCGCUUAUUGGGAGAAUCCUGAUGACCCGGGGAGCACUACAUCCUGUUGGGAAAGGUUUUUGACCUUGCAAAAUGAAUCUGGAAUGUGCACAGUCCGCGCCACUGUUGCUGAUUUUUCUGAUACCACAAGUCACUCUUUCUCCCAUUUGCUUGGAAGUUCCAAGAAUGCUCUCACAGAUGCUGCACAGUUACAGUUGGUCUCUGCUCUAACAGUGAUUCCAGAGUUCAAUCUGUUAUUUUUUAGUCCUGAUGCUAAGGCAAAUUUGUCAAUCAUUGGCGGGAGUUGUUUCUUGGAAGUUGUUGCAAAUGAUUCUCGAGUUGUUGAAGUUAUUCAUCCUCCAUCUGGUUUGCAGUGCUCACAACUGUUGCUAUCCCCUAAAGGCUUGGGGACUGCACUUGUGACAGUUUUUGAUAUUGGGCUUACUCCUACUGUUGCUACUUCUGCUGUGGUCCAAGUUGCAGAUGUUGACUGGAUUAAGAUUACAUCAGGAGAAGAGAUAAGCAUUAUGGAAGGAAGUAUGCAGUCUGUUACUCUGAUGGCUGGGAUAAAUGAUGGGGGAACUUUUGAUGCUUCACAGUUUGCAUACAUGCACAUUCAGGUGCAUAUUGAGGAUAAUAUGGUUGAACUUGUGGACACUGUUGAUGACUCAAAUCCUGGUGGUUAUAAUUUUUGCAGCUCAAAUUUUAAAAUUGUUGCCAAACAUCUUGGCAUUACAACUCUUUAUGUCAGUGCCAGACAGCAUUCUGGACAUGAAAUAUUGAGCCAAGUGAUAAAGGUUGAAGUUUAUGCCCUUCCAGCAAUUCACCCACAUGACAUUUUCCUAUUACCUGGUGCAUCUUACAUGCUUACACUGAAAGGAGGCCCAACAAUCAGUGCUUCUGUAGAGUAUACCAGCAUGGAUGAUGGUAUUGUAACUGUCCACAAAUUCUCUGGACGAAUAACUGCAAUUUCACCUGGGAACAUUACUCUGCUUGCUACAGUUUAUGGAAAUGGAGAUACAGUGAUUUGUGAAGCAUUUGGAAGUAUAACAGUGGGAAUUCCAUCUUCAGCAAUAUUGAUGGUACAAAGUGAAUUACUUGCUGUUGGCCGUGAGAUGCCUAUUUAUCCUUCAUUUUCAGAGGGGGAUUUAUUUUCAUUUUAUGAGCUCUGCAAAAAUUACAAGUGGACUAUAGAAGAUCCAGAGGUUUUGAGUUUUCACAACAUGCAAUUACAUGGUGAGAAGUUUAGGAGCCUACUAUUUGAUUCAGAAGAAAGUCUACUCUCUGGUUAUGUGGAUGAUAGAGAGCUUGGUUUUUUCAAUGUCUUGAAUGGAAGAGCUUCAGGCCGGACAACUGUUUCUGUUUCAUUCUCUUGUGACAUUAUUUCUUCUGGUUCAUACUUGGAGGCAAGGACUUAUAGUGCAUCUUUGUCAUUGUUGGUGGUACCCAAUCUUCCCAUGGCUCUUGGAGUUCCAAUUACCUGGGUCUUUCCUCCUGAUUAUACUACAUCUAGCAUCUUGCCUUCAUCUGUGGAUGGUCAAAGUCGCAAAGGAAACAUUAUCUAUUCUUUGUUGAGAAAUUAUGAUGAAAGGAAUGACAUUGCACACAAUGCUAUUUCACUUGAUGGGGAUAAAGUAAAAACAGCAGAGAGUAAUAGUGUUGCAUGCAUUCAAGGGAAAGAUCGCACAACAGGAAGAACAGAGAUUGCUUUUUGUCUCCGUGUUGCUGAGGUAGAACAAAUAAGAAUAACAAACAACCAGUUUCCUGUUCAUGUGUUGGAUGUUGCUGUUGGUGCUGAACUUAAACUUCCGAUUGUCUACUGUGAUGCUCUAGGAAUUCCUUUUCAUGAAGCACAUCAUGUUGCUUUCCAUAAUGUGGAAACUAACUACCCUGAUGUUGUCUCUGUUAGCUGGAUAGACAAUGCAAAUGCAAACAUUCAUCUCAAGGCAAUGCGGCAUGGAAGAGCUCUUCUGAGAGUCUCAAUCAGAGGUAGUCCAAAAAAGGCAGAUUAUAUGCUGAUUUCAGUUGGUGCCCAUGUAUAUCCUAGAAAUGCAGUUCUACAUGCAGGAAGUUGUCUUAACUUUAGUGUAUCAGGUUUUAAUGAUAAAAUUUCUGGUCAAUGGCAUAGUUCCAAUGAGAGUGUUAUAUCUAUAGAUAUGCCAUCUGGACAUGCUAAAGCAGUUGGGGAGGGCUUAACUCAAGUUUCUUUUGAAAGUUCUGGUACAAAACUGCAAACAACUGUUACUGUACAACCCAGAAAUAGUCUUGUCAUGGAUGCUCCAAAAGAUGUGCUGACAAAUGUUCCUUUCCCUUCAAAAGGAUAUAGCUUCUCUGUUAAGUUCAGUGAUUUUAAUGGUCAUUCCAAAGUUCUGGGAAGCAAUAAGGGAGCCCCAUAUGACUGUAGAGUGGAACCUUCUUUUGUUGGCUAUGCAAAGCCUUGGAUGGACCUUGAUACUGGCCAUUCAUAUUGUCUCUUUUUCCCAUACUCACCAGAGCAUUUGGCACUUUCAAUACCCAAGCCCAAGGACAUGAAACCGUAUGUAUAUGUUUCUAUCAAUGCUUCUAUGAAAGAAGCAAACCAUGUUUCAGGAUCUGCAUCAGCACUUUUUAUUGGGGGGUUUUCCAUAGUGGAAAUGGGCAAGGAUUUAAUGCAGCUGAAUCUGACACCAGACUCUAACAACACUACUAUAACAAUUUUGGGGAACACAGAUGUUGAAAUACAUUGGCAUGAUAGGAAUUUGUUAAUGGUCAGCCUCAUAUAUAAGGAUGAUUUUGGGAUUGGCGGGCGUGCUCAGUACGAGGUCAAGGUGUUAAGAGCCAAAAGAUUCAAGGAUAAAAUCAUCAUAUCGCUCCCGGCCAAUGGUCAAAGAGUGGAAUUAGAUGUCAACUACGAACCUGAUGAUAAAAGCACCUUCCCAGACAAUACUUCUAUACUCAUUUGGGUUAUCAUUUUGUGGAUCAUUUUCGCAUUUUUUGUCAUCUCGAAGUCUUAUUGGUACACCUACUUCCGUUAUGUAGAGCCUGGGCCCCGUGUUUUGCAGCCACCUCCUCCUCCUCCUCCUCGUGCCAUUACAGCACCUGUUACACCUGAGCGUGGUAGUCCUGGAAAUUUCACUGAACAAUCUCCGCGCACACCUCAGCCAUUCCUGGAUUAUGUCAGGAGGACUAUAGACGAAACUCCAUACUACAAACGACAAGCUAGGAGGCGGAUUAAUGCACAGAAUACUUUCUAGAUUCAUGGUUCAGAGUUCAGAGAGGAUAGAUUGGUAGGAUUUAGGAUUAUGUCUCCCACGGAUUAAUGCACCCCACUCAUUUUUCUUCUUGUAUGAUGAUAAUGGGUAUGAUUUGUAUGACAAGUCGUCAGAUCAUGGCAUAUGCCUUUCUAAGUUUUGGUGUAUAUGCUUGUAGACUUCUUGUAGCAAACUCUUAACAUUAUUUUAGUUACCAUGUUUCAAAUGCUCUCUCCAUCCAUGGAAAAACAUGCUCUCUUUUCCUUUCUGUUACAUUCUAUUUUAUUUAGAUAUAACCUGGAGUAAACUUAUUAAAUUUUA